GGUAUAAAUAGUUGAAGUCGUUUUCGGGAUUGUCAGUUCUACAUCAACUGGGCUCUUAUGAUUUUAUUGAUCAUAAAAUCUAAGAACUUUUUUUUGAGUGUAUUGAGAUAUUAAUUGUUAGAAAAUAUAAUGAACUGGAUACUUUUAUUUGCGGUGCUACUCUUAGCCGCCGCAACAACUUCGGGACAAAACGGGUAUAAAUAUGACAGACCAGAAAAGACAUUUGAUGGAGGUCCUGGUGCUCCAUCACCUACUCAACCAGGAGGACAAACUGGACCAAGUGGUUUUCCUGGAUCUAGACCACAACUAACUUCGCCAACUCCAGGUGGUUUUUCGGGUCAACCUGGAUUCCCUGAUACUCAAAAACCAAGUAGACCAUCUGGUUUAUACGGAACACCCUCUCAAGAAGGUCCAUCAGGAGGCUUUCCAGCACAACAAGGACCUAAAGCUCCUGGAUUUGGACAACAAGCACCCGGAUUUGGACAACAAGCACCUGGAUUUGGUCAACAAGCACCUGGAUUUGGUCAACAAGCACCUGGAUUUGGUCAACAAGCACCAGGAUUUAGCCAACAAGCACCGGGAGUAGAUUUCCAAAGACCCGGCCAAGGACAACAAAGACCUACUCAAAGACCAAGUGAAGGAGGAUAUCCAUCAGGACCUGUGCAGAGACCACAAGGCGGUGGAUUCCCUGUUGAUACUCAAAGACCUGGAGGCUUCCCAUCGCAACGACCUGACGAAAGUGGUUUUCCAUCAGGACCAUCCCAAAGACCUGGAACGGGAACUUAUCCAUCUGGACCAUCUCAAAGACCCGGUGAAGGCGGAUUCCCAUCCGGACCUUCUCAAAGACCAAGCGAAGGAUACCCAUCAGGAGGUCCACAAGGACCAGGAUUUCCGGGAGGAAGACCACAGGGUACUGGAGGAACCCAGGGAGGUCAACAAGGAUCAGGAUUUCCAGGCGGAAAACCACAAGGUCCUGAACCUUAUCCAGGAAGAGGACAACCCGGACAAGGAUAUCCUGGUGCUCCUAGCCAAGAAGGAGGUUUCCCAAGUCAACAAGGACAAUUCCCCGGUCAACAAGGACAAUUCCCCGGUCAACAAGGACAAUUCCCCGGUCAACAAGGACAAUUCCCAGGCCAACAAGGACAAUUCCCAAGUUCUCAAGGACAAUUUCCAGGUGCUCAAGGACCCUUCCCUGGCGGUGAAGGUCCUGGCGGAGCUGCCCCAGGUCAUUUCGAUGAUGGUACUUACGACGAAGGCGAUUAUUCUGCGAUUCCCGGUGAACCAGAUAUAGACUAUCCUAUUUACUCUGAGAUUUUCGAAACUUCCUUCAGAUGUGAAGAUCAAGAAUAUCCUGGGUAUUACACCGAUGUCGAAGCGAGAUGUCAAAUAUUCCAUGUGUGCGCUAACAACAAGACCUACGACUUUUUGUGCCCCAAUGGAACCAUUUUCCAUCAAGAAUACUUGGUUUGUGUUUGGUGGAAUCAAUUUGAUUGUAACACGGCGCCUUCUUUGUACGGAAUUAAUGCUAAUAUUUAUGAUUAUUCUAUUAUGGGCAGCCCCGAACAGUUUCCGCUGGGACCGGGUGUUCCUGGAGGAUUUGGACCUGGGGGACCAAUACCGUCUGGACCAUCAGCAGGUUAUCCAGGUCAAGCACCUUCAGGGCCAGCUCCUGGUGGUUAUCCAGGACAAGGACCAUCAGGGCCAUCUCAAGGUGGUUAUCCUGGUCAAGCACCAUCAGGGCCAUCUCAAGGAACUUAUCCAGGUCAAGCACCAUCGGGACCAGCACCAGGAGGUCCAACAGGAGGUUAUCCAGGGGAACGUCCAGCUGGAAGAUAUCCAGGACAAAGUUCAGGAGGACAAGGUCCAGAUCAAGGAUACCCUAGUGGACGACCAGGAAGACCAGGAAGUCCAGGACCAGAUCAGGGUUAUCCAAGUGGACGACCAGGUGGUCCGGGAGGUCAAGGAGUAGAUCAAGGAUACCCAAGUGGGAGACCGGGUGGACCAGGAAGUCCAGGGUCUGAUCAGGGUUAUCCAGGUGGGCGACCUGGAGGACCGGGGGGACCAGGAGGACCAGGAAGUCAACGACCUGAUCAAGGUUACCCAAGUGGAAGACCAGGAGGACCGGGAAGUCAAGGGCCUGAUCAAGGUUUCCCAAGUGGAAGACCAGGAGGACCGGGAAGUCAAGGACCUGAUCAAGGUUAUCCAGGUGGAAGACCUGGAGGACCAGGAAGCCAAAGACCUGACCAGGGUUAUCCAAGUGGAAGACCAGGAGGACCAGGAGGUCAAGGGCCUGAUCAAGGUUAUCCAAGUGGAAGACCAGGAGGUCAAGGGCCUGAUCAAGGUUAUCCAAGUGGAAGACCAGGGGGACCAGGAAGUCAAAGACCAGACCAAGGAUACCCAAGUGGACGACCAGGAGGUCCAGGAGGUCAAAGACCCGAUCAAGGUUAUCCAAGUGGUCAACCAGGUGGACCAGGAAGUCAAGGUCCCGAUCAGGGUUAUCCAAGUGGACGACCAAGUGCUCCAGGAAGCCAAGGUGGAUAUCCUAGUGGAAGACCUGGGCAAGGACCCAGUGGACCACAAGGACCUACUGGACCACAAGGACCUAGUGGACCUCAAGUACCUAGUGGACCACAAGGACCUUCCGGGCCAGUUCCAGGUCAAGGUCCAGAAGGAUAUCCAAGUGGACCAAGACCAUCGCCAUCAUUCCCACCAAGUCAACGUCCUGGAGGAGGUGAUCAAGGAUAUCCGGGUCAAGGCCCAUCUCAAGGACCACAACAAGGUUUUCCAGGAGGGCAGAGACCACAAGCGCCUACCAGAGAAUACUUACCACCGAAUUAAAUAGGUUUUAAGAAAAACGUAAAUAAUAAAUGCUUAUUUGUCGAUAAAUUGCGCCCGCGUUGUACAUAAAAUAGUGAUAUUAUGCUGAAGUACCUACGGUUUAUUUUUAUAUUUUUUUAAAAUACGGUUUAAUAUUUUUGUAUUUCAUUUUAUUCUUCAUUUUUUCUUUGUCUUUAUUGUUUAACGUUUAACUUUGUAGAUGUAAAAGUUGCUGUUGCCACGAACGGUAAGAUCCAUGUAUUUUUUUAAGUAAUAUGUAUUUUUAAAAGCGAAUAAAGGUAUGAUAAAAUAAAAUGUA